AUGUCCCUUCAAGCUGGUUCGCUCUUUGAUCUGCGCGGUGCAGUAGCCCUUGUGACAGGCGGUGGUACGGGUCUGGGCCUUACCGCCGCGCUUGCACUCGCAUCCAACGGCGCCAAGGUGUACAUCUCUGGUCGGCGUCAGCAGCGUCUCGACGAAGCGGUGGCAGAGUACAAUCCCACCCUGCAAUCCGGCAAGCUCAUUGCUGUUCAGGGGGAUGUGUCUUCGAAGGAGGACUUGGGACGCAUUGCGUCGCUGAUCGAGAAAGACGAGGGCAAGUUGCACAUCCUCGUCAACAACGCCGGCAUCGAAGGACCCAUGACCAAGUUCGCCAACCCCUCCUCCCUCUCCGCCGCCGAUCUUUCCUCGGCCCACUUGGCGUCCGAAUUGUUUGAAGAGUGGGAUAAGCUCUUCCGCAUCAACACGUCCUCGAUCUUCUUUUCCACCAUGACCUUCCUCCCCCUGCUUUCCGCCUCUCACUCCCAUCCUCUUUCCUCCUCGACCCAGGAGGGAAAGUGGACUGCGUCGGUGAUCAACAUCACGAGCAUUAGCGGUAUCGUCAAGACGAGCCAGUUCCACUACGCCUACAAUGCCUCCAAGGCCGCCGCCAACCACCUCACCCAAAUGCUAGCCCACGAACUGCGCUUCAACUCCAACACCGGUAUCCGCGUCAACGCCCUCGCUCCAGGCCUCUUCAGUUCGGAAAUGACCAGCGGUGGAAAGAGCGACAAGGGCAAGACGAACCCAGACGACGUUACGGGUCACAACAACCCAGCCGGCCGUGUGGGCAGCGAGACCGAAUACGCCCAACUCGUCCUCCUCCUCGCCGCCAACCAGUUCAUCACCGGCCAAAUCGUCGCCGUCGACGGCGGAUUCAUCUCCGCCGUCCCCUCCUCCCGCUAA